AUGGAGCUGGAGAAGAAUGCAAAAACUUUCAAAACUCUCAGGAGUACAAUGACUUUUGAGGAUGUGUCCGUGGACUUCACCAAGGAGGAGUGGAAAUUACUAAAUUCAUCUCAGAGAAAGUUCUACAGAGAUGUCAUGCUGGACAACUAUAGGAACUGGGCCUCUGUAGGGGGACCUCUGGUCAGCAAACCUGCUCUGAUCAAAUGGCUAGAACAGGAAAAUCAAAUGGAGGCAGAGGAGACAAUUCACCAAGACUCCUGUCCAGGUGAGAUGAAUCUCUUGGUGACCCAGCAGCCACAGCCUCCUCGAGAUAGUUUGAGAGAAGAAAGACUCCGCAGUAAGAAAAAGGAGUCAGCACAGGGAAGCAGUUCCAUGGGAGGUCUGGCCUCAUCCCAGACUAUGCAAAGCCACUCAUCCCUUGACUUUGCCAAUGACCUUGGAGAUUGCUCCAUUUUGGAGGAAUGUGAAGGAGAUGAAGCUUCUUGCAGCCUGAGCACUUCAGGAGUUAAGCCCCAGAGGAAGGCUCAGGGAAGCAUCCAGUAUAAACGUGGUGAUCGUGGGAAAGUCUUGAAUUCUACCCCACGUGCUCAGGAGCCGAAGGCAGCUUGCAAAAGCAGCACACCACUGGCCUGCCAUCAAUGUGGAAAAACCUUCCCAAACCCCUCAGCUGUAAAGCUGCACUUGAGGGCCCACAUUAGGGAGAAGCCAUUUAUGUGUCAGCAUUGUGGCAAGGGUUACUGCUCAAACUCUUACCUUCGAAGACAUGAGAGGAUCCACACCGGGGAGAAGCCUUACAAAUGCCGGGAUUGUGGCAAAACCUUCAGGGACAACUCACUUCUCAAACAGCAUGAGGUGAUCCAUUCUGGAAACAAACCGUACAAGUGUAGCCAGUGUCCCAAAUCCUUCUACCGGCGUUCAAGGCUCAUGGGCCACCAGCUCAUCCACACCCAGAGGGAGAAAAUUUAUGCCUGCGAUGCCUGUGGGAAAACCUUUGCCAUGCUUUCUUACCUGAUGAAGCACAAGAUGGUCCACACACGGGAGAGGUACACAUCAUGCCCCCAGUGUGGGAAGUUAUUAAGUAGUCAGAAGUGUCUGAUGAUUCACCUGCGCAUCCAUUCAGGAGAGAAACCUUUCCAGUGCAUUGAUUGUGGGAAAAGGUUCAGGGUGAAUGCAAACCUCAGUGUACACAGGAGGAUCCACACAGGAGAGAGGCCAUAUGCUUGCAAUCUCUGUGAGAAAACCUUUCGGGAAUGCUCUGCUCUGAAAAGACACAUGAAUAGCCACACAAGAGAGAAACCCUUUUCUUGUACCCAGUGUGGGAAAUCCUUCCGGUAUAAAUCAAAUCUCAAUUUUCACCAGAAGAAUCAUGGGAAUCAGCAGUCGUAUGAAUGUCCAUCAUGUGGGAAGCUCUUUAGGAGUCUCUUGGUCUAUAAGAAACAUCUGAGUAUUCAUGCCCGGGGGAAAAAGGCUUUCAAGUGUCAUGAGUGUGACAGAGAUUUUAAGACUAAUGUACAGCUGAAGACACACAGGAGAAUUCACACCAAAGAGAGACCAUAUGGCUGUCUGUACUGUGAGAAAAAAUUUCGGGUGCAGAGUACACUGGCCGCCCACCAGAGGAUCCACACUGGCGAAAAACCUUAUUCCUGUCCUACCUGCAAUAAAGUCUUCACUUUUCUCUUCAGCCUCAAAAGACACAUGAGGCAGCACACAGGGGUGAAACCCUUUAAGUGUCAUCAGUGUGGAAAAGCCUUUGUGAUGCAAUACUAUCUCAUUUCUCAUAGCAAAAUCCACCUGAGAAAGAAGCAGUAUGAGUGCAAGGAGUGCCGGGAGGUUUUUAAGAGUCUCCUAGCUUAUAGAAGACACCUGAAAAUGCAUACCAGCAACAAGAAGUUGGUGUGCCAGGUUGAAUGUCAUGGUGUCUCUUUGCACAGCUCUCUAAAAGACAAUAACCACAUCCUCUCUCAGGAGGCAAUGGAGAAGUAA